AUGGCGGUGAUGAUGACAGUAAGGAACGAUGUCGAGGCCGUGAGAAACGGCAAGGGUGGUGACAUGACUGUGAGUGUGGAAGACACACUCCUGCGGAGUCUCCUGAAGGACCUGCGGCAGCAGGCUGAAGUGGACCGCCUGGGCCCCCUGAAGUGGGAAGAGAUGGCAGACUCAAUUGCUGGAGCCAUACAAAGCGAUCCUGCAGAGGGAAGCCAGGAUAGCCGUGGGAGAGGGGCUGAGGGACAGCCGAGAGAGCAGGCAGACGCCACAGCAGCGAAGCUUCAAGAUCACAGACUGUCAGAGGUGGAUGACCCAGUGUACGAGGAGGUGAACCGUCUGAGUGUCCAGCUUGGGGACCUCCUGAGGGACCGCGGGUCUCCUCUAUCACCUGACGCUCCCCUUCUGGAAGAGUCCUCCAGAGCCGAGACAAAGAAGUCAGAGCAGCCCGAGGAGGUCUUGUCUUCAGAAGAGGAGACUGCCGGGGUGGAGCAUGUGAGGAGCCGGACUUACUCCAAAGACCUGUUGGAAAGGAAGCAGAACUCAGAGCCCCAGCCCCUGAGACUCGAGGACCGAUUCCAGAACCGAGCCCCAGAGGUGUGGGAGGAUGAACAGAACCAGGACUCUGCAGCACGGGGACCUCCUCAGGAAGACCUGCAGCUGGAAGCCCAGCCUUCCGAGGAAGAGCAGCAGGGAUACAUCCUUACGGGUAACAACCCCCUAAGUCCAGAGAAGGGGAAGCAGCUGCUGGAUGAAGUUGCCCACAUCCUCCAGGUGCCUUCCAGCCUCUUUGCAGAUGUCAAAGUUUUGGGACCAGCAGUGACCUUCAAAGUGAGUGCCAACACCCAAAAUAUGACAAUUGCAGAUGUUACCAAGGCUGCAGCUGACAACAAAGAACAGCUGGAGAAGACAUCUGGACUGACAAUCCUUCAAAGCGGAAUCCGGCCGGUGAGUAGUGUGAUGGCGACCACGCGUCACCGUGUUCCCCUAGGUCUGGCUCACUGUGUGCUUAUUCCGAGUGGUGUUUUGUCAGCUCAGUUGAUCAUUCUAUUUCCUGGGAGCAACGGUGGCAACCAGCCGUUCAAAGCAGCCCAGAUUCAGGCUGCAGCCAUUGGUGUGACCCAGUUUCAGAAGGUCUGGGAAGUGUGGAUUGAGUGUGUAGGCCACUCAGGAAGCUGGCAGCAGGUUGCCCCAAGACUCCCCAAGAGCUCGGUGCAGGCCACACCCACCCUUUUUGGACACUUAAAAUUCAGUGUCUCCAAUGGUGGUGUCAAGGUGGUGGUCAAGCUGCUGACCAGAAGGGGGCACCAUGUCCAUGCUUUCUUCUCGCUCAGAAGCGUGGAGCACCUGGGCUCCCAGGCCGCCGGAGACACGGAGGGCUCUCCUUGUGCUGUUCACACGUUCUGA